GAGCAUGCUGAACCGGGCUGGAGUUGCGAGGGAAUUUGCGGGGGAAGAAUGGGUCGGCGAAAUCGUGAGCAACACCGAACCGCCAUAAUAUUAAUAUAUACUCUCCAAAACCCUACAGUCAAAUCUUAAACCUUCAAUAUUUGGGUGAUAUCUAAAAAAAAAUUAUAUUACCAAAUAUCAUUACUCGAAGGUCUGAAACCUCAGAGAUGGGAAUUAUCAGAAGCGGUUUCUCGUUCAUCCUAGGAUCCGUUUUUGGCAUCUACGUUGCUCAAAACUACGAAGUUCCGAACAUUAGAAAGCUAGCGAACACCGGCCUCUUAAUAGCCAAGCACAUCGAGGAAACUUAUAGAAAGCCGAAGAAGCGGGACGAGGAUGAAUGAUUUGAUUUUGACAUUAGAUUCCAGGUUUAUUGAUAUUACUGUUUUAGGGAUUUUGGUGAUCGUUAUAGGCUCAGUUAUUCAAGUUUUCUUGGGCGUUUAUUGGUUUUUAUUUGAUCUCUCUGUACUUGGGCCGUUGGAAUUCAAUGUAAUUCAAGAAAACAGAAAUUUUCGUGGGAAUCGGAGAUGUAGAAGCAUUUGCUUCUCCUGUAUCAAUAUUCAAUUUAUGACCAAAUUCACUUUAGACAUUUAGUUUUGUUUCCAAGAGAUUGGAAAAGCUGAGAAAAUGUAUUCAAUUUUUUCUUUUUAACGGGCAAUGUGGAAUUUUCAAAGGCUUUUAUGC